AUGGCCAUUCGCUCUAUACAAGCAUAUCAGAAAAUAUCAUUGGAUAAGACUACCGAAACUCUGCAGUUAAUUAAAGAACACGAUGCGAUAACAAUCUUCCAGAAUCCUGUCCGAUUGGUACGCCCACGAGGUCGACCCAAGAAAAGCCAACCAUCAGCCUACACCAUACCAAAAUCUAAUUUUCUAGAGAUUAAAAGAAUUAGUCCAUUGGAUAAAGCUACAUCGGAUCACAAAAAGAAUUUGAAGAGAAAGAAGAGGAUGCCAACUCUGAGAAUGAUAAAAGUAGAAGGCAACGUUUGGAGCUCUUCUGUUGUGCCAAAACAUGACCUAGCAACGGAAAAUUUAGAGAAUACUAUCGAAAAAUUGAAGCGUAGAGUUAGCGAUAGUGCUUUCAAUGAAUUGGCAGAACACUUGGAAAAGCGAAAACGAGGAAGACCAAGGAAGGUUCCAAAAUCUUGUGCUGAAGAAGAUGAUAAUAAUGAAUUGAAAGUUCCAUUGGGUGAAGAUUCGAAGAAUCCAGGAAGAAGAUCCAGAAGAUCUCAAAAUCCUUUUAUUACUUACGAAGAGUUUCAAGAGGAUUUGGAAGAUAUCAGAAAUCAACCAGAUAUAAAGCCAAAGAGUCAAACAACUGAAAAUGGUAUAAAAAAAGGACGGGGAAGGCCACCAAAAUAUCCUAAGUCGCAAGUUAUGUUAGGAAAUGAUAUCAAGAAAAAGCGUGGAAGACCAAGAAAGAAAACAAGUAUUGGCGACGAUCAAAGUCUGCCUGAUUCUAAACCAGAGAGUACAACACCGUUACUAUCUUUAUUUGAGUCUUUACAACUUUCUAUUGAGGAUAACGUGGAAUUAGUGCAACCGAAAUCUGAGAUCUCAUCUAAGUGUAAGCUAGAAUAUGCGUCAUCGAUGUGUAAAAAUGAGAACUAUAAAACAAAAAUGCCGUCAACUUCUUUCCUUGAGCAAAAGCACGUACCAGCUGAAUCUUCGAAUACUUCGACUAAAAAAUCCGCAUUACCAACGUGUGUCAAGGAUAUUAUUCCUAAUGAAAAUGAGACUAUGAAAAAUACUACAAUGACAGAGCAACUUAAUCAACCCAGAGUUAGAUUAAUUAGGAUGGAUUUGAAUCCAUGUACCAUGAAAAAGUCAAGCAAUGUCAUAUCAAGUCUGGCUAAAAUUAUGAAAAGAAAACGGGGUAGACCACGUUUAAAUCCCAUUAUUAACCUUGAAAGCAUCAAAAUACCGAAGAAACAUGAACAACCGAUAAAAAUAGAUAAGGAGACUGUUGAGGUAUUAGUUGAAUCCAAUAAUAUUGCGAUUCGAAAUGAGAAUAGUACUGAUUCAGUCAAUCCACCAGAAAUUCUGAAGGCUCAAUUAGGUAAUAUUUCUGAUGUAGUUCAUACUUCUAAUGAAGCCAAUACUUCUCAUAUGGUCAAUAUACCCGAGGCUUUGGAUACACCAUUGGACAACACUUCUGAUACUCUCAGUGCAUCUGAGGCCUUUAUCAUUCAGGAAGACCAUAACACUGAUUCCAUUAAUCAAUCUGAAGCGAUCAAAGCUGACAAUUGUCAAGGUUGUUUACCGUAAAUCAGUAAUAGUAAUAGUCACGUAAUAACUGCUUCCUUGAUUAUAAAUUUAUCCGUAUUAAUGUAAGGUCAUAAUAAAAAUUAAAAAUAUCAUGCACUAAGUGCAAUUUGACCAUUGACGUUAGGUAUUCAAUACCGAAUAAUGUGAAA